AUUGCUAAAGUGGAGAAGUUGAAGCCUCUGGAAGUAGAAUUGAGGCGCCUGGAAGAUCUUUCAGAGUCCAUCGUUAACGACUUUGCCUAUAUGAAGAAACGAGAAGAGGAGAUGAGGGACACGAAUGAGUCGACAAACACCCGGGUUCUGUACUUCAGCAUUUUCUCCAUGUGCUGUCUCAUCGGACUGGCCACCUGGCAGGUUUUCUACCUGCGUCGCUUCUUCAAGGCCAAGAAACUGAUUGAGUAAAGGAGCAAGUCCUCCUCCCCCUCCUCUCAGACCCAGCUGGACACCGCUGGGACCCAGCCAUGGCCCCCUGGAGCCAUCUCACAGAUGAUACCCACUGACUGGAGCUUUUCCGCAGAUACUUGGACCCUAAAGGGGGAGGGGAGCCUAAACAUUGGAGGCAAUGGGGGACUUGUGAAAUCCUGUUGGAUGUUGAGGGUGGGGGAGGUUGUGAUGGGUUUGGGGAUUCCUGGGGCAGUGAUUAAAUAAAAAAAGAUGUUUCCAUGACAGCUGCAAGUUUUUGCACUGUCUGUUCUCCUUUUAUAAUCUUGGCAUGAUGAUGUCUCCCAUCUGUCUGUGACUGUAGUGUUACUCUGAGCCACUGACCCUGCUGAGCUCUUUAGGUGCCAUGCAGCUAGCACCGGGGCAGAGCGGGGGUUCCCUGUUCUGACCAGCUGGGAUCUAAGCCUCGUGCAAACGGAGGUGAGUGCAAAGCAAUAGGAUUCAUCAUUCGAGCAGGGCCUGAGGAUAGAGGGAGGUCUGAGGUUUGGUCCCUGUUGUGGACCUCUGUGUUUCUCCCUGUGGGAGCUGGUGUCUUUGUGCUGACAGGGCAGGGCACUUGAGCAUACGGUGGUUCAGCCUGGAGGAAGGGGAGCCUUGGAAGGAGGGCUUGGGAACAUGUUUGAGCUUGGAAAAGAGAAGCCUGCUUUGCUCAGAUAAGCUGUCCAGCCUUGGUCCCACCCUUGCUCCACGUAUUUGCCUUGGAUUUGCCUCUUUUGUUCUGAAAUGAUGCAGCAGCUUUCCUGAAAGCCUUGGUCAGGGAUGGCCUUUUGUGCAGACAGGAGGCCUCAGUCAGAUACAGUCACAGGGCAAAAAGGAGCAGGUUAUGCUGGGAAACUUGGUCUUACAUUGAGCAGGAGAUCUUUCUCAUCUAACAGUGUAGCGUUUAUCC